AUGGCAGAAGCAAAGAAACUCAAGCUAAACAACACUGUGUUGCCCUCAGAGUCCAUGAAAGUUAUAGCGGAAUCCAUGGGCAUCGCUCAGGUGCCUGAAGAGAUCUGCCAGCUAUUGGCAGAUGAAGUUAGCUCUCGUGUUAAGCAGAUUGCACAGGAGGCCCAGAAAUUUAUGAGCAUGGGCAAGCGUCGGAAGCUCACCACAAGUGAUAUAGACUAUGCCCUUAAGGUGAAGCAUGUUGAGGCUCUGUAUGGGUUCCACACCCAAGAAUCCAUUCCAUUCCAGUCUGCCUCUGGUGGGGGACAGGAACUUUAUUUCUAUAAUGAAAAAGAGGUGGAUUUAAAUGACAUCAUUAACACUCCCCUACCUCCCGUCCCCCCUGAUGUCUGCCUCAAAGCUCACUGGCUGAGUAUUGAGGGUGUUCAGCCAGCUAUUCCAGAGAACCCACCCCCAGCCCCCAAAGAGCUACAAAAGGCUGAAGCAACACAGCCCUUGAAGGCUGCAAAGCCAGGCCAGGAAGAGGACGGAACAGUGAAAGGCAAAGGUCAAGGAGCUGAAUUGGCUAAUGCAGGGAAAAGGAAAAGAAAAGGAAAAGGAAAGAAAGAUCCACCCCUGAUGGAGGGUGCCCCAGUGAGAGUGAAGCCCCACAGUCUCCAUGAGUUGUCUGUGGAGCAGCAGCUGUACUACAAGGUGAUAACAGAAGCCUGUGUAGGGUCCAGUGAGGCUAAGAGAGCAGAAGCUCUCCAGAGCAUUGCUACAGACCCUGGCCUUUAUCAGAUGUUGCCAAGGUUUAGUACUUUCAUCUCUGAGGGGGUACGAGUGAAUGUUGCUCAGAAUAACUUGGCCCUCCUUAUCUACCUGAUGCGAAUGCUGAAGGCUCUGCUGGAUAACCCAACGCUGUACCUGGAGAAAUAUGUCCAUGAUUUGCUUCCUGCUGCGAUGACUUGCAUGGUGAGCAGACAACUGUGUCUUCGACCAGAUGUGGAGAAUCACUGGGCACUCAGGGAUUUUGCAGCCUGCCUGGUAGCUCGGAUGUGUCAAUUCAGUACAAGUACCAACAACCUCCAGUCCCGGAUCACCAAGAUCUUCACCAAGAGCUGGGUAGAUGAGAAGACUCCCUGGACUACUCGCUAUGGCGCUAUUGCUGGCCUGGCAGAACUUGGCCACGAUGUGAUUCAAACCCUGAUUCUGCCACAGCUUCAGCAGGAAGGCGAGCUGAUUCGAAGGGUCCUGGAUGGCCCUGUGCUGAGCAACCUGGACCGGAUUGGAGCUGACCGUGUGCAGAGCCUCCUCUUGAAACACUGCGCCCCUGUGCUGGUGAAGCUUCGGGCGCCACCAGAUAAUCAGGAGGCUUUCCAGGCAGACUUUGGUUCCCUGGGACCUCUUCUGUGUUCUCAUGUGGCCAAAGCCCGGGCCCAGGCUGCCCAGCAAGCCCAGCAAUUGACCAGGACCACACUGACCAUCACGCAGCCCCAGCCUAUGCUGACGCUCUCCCAAGCCCCCCAGUCAGGCCCUCCAACCACUGGGCUGCUGAAGGUCCCUGUUCAGACAAUCAAGGGGUCCUCAAGGGCUGUGACCCCUCUGCCCCAGCCCUCCCUACCUCCAACCAAGUUCAUAGUCAGGUCGUCUUCCUCUGGUGCCUCAUCUUCACAGCGGGUCCUGUCUCUUAGCACAGCAGCCUCUGGCUCUGGCUCUGGCUCUACCACUGCCUCUCCUGUCCCCACCACAGGCCCCAGAACCCAGCCUAUCCUAAAGUUUGUCUCCACUGCAACAGCAGCCGCUCCUAGCCAAGCUCCCCAAGGGGCAGGCAGUGUCCAGAAAUACAUUGUUGUAUCUCUUCCACCAUCUGGGAAAAUCGAGGGGGGACAGAUUUCCCACCCUUCCCAAGCUCCUCCUUCUUCAUCUUCUUCCCCCUCUCCCCUUGGGGGUGGCUUCCUUUCUGGAGGAAAACAGGAUGUUGGGGAUAGACCCCCUCCAGCUCCUGGUACCCCUGAGGGCAAUGGUUCUCAUCACUCCCAUUCCAGCUCUCCUCAGCCUGGGCCCUGA